GGUGGUUGAUUUGACAGGUUGAUGCCUAGACGAGGGAAACUUCGAGGAAGACGAUCAUAUUUUGUCCCAGGGGCUCCGACGGCCUCGUGAGGGGGAAUUUGGAAGGGCAAUCCUGUGCAAGAAUUCGUGAGCGAUGUAGAACCGCCUUUCAAAGAGCGCCAAUGAAGAUCGUUACUUGGAAUAUCAACGGCCUCCGGACAUUCAAAGGAGUUCUGCGAUCGACGUUGGAUUCAUUCAACGCCGAUAUUAUAUGCGUACAAGAAACGAAGACGAACCGCUCCACUUUGGAGGAAGAUCUCGCGUGUGUCCCCGGAUACAAUUCAUACUUCGCUUUUCCGCGCCUACUCACCGGCUAUUCCGGGGUCGCUACAUACUGCUCCGACAAUGUGAGGCCUUUCGCUGCCAACGAGAGUCUUCUGGCUUGCGAAAGCGACGGCAUCAAUGAAAUGGAUGAACUGACCGACGUCCCAGAUCCACUCGAGGAAAAUGCAUUCCUUUCCCAAAAAGAGAUUCUCAACGUUGACUCCGAAGGCCGGACCCUGGUCACAUCAUUCAACUUCCUUGAUGGAGCUGGGCAGACGAAACAACUUUUAGUUUUCAACUUGUAUUGUCCACGGAACGACCCGGAUCGGCCGGAGCGGGCUCAAUUUAAGUACAACUUUAACGCCAUGCUCGAACAUCAAGCCGUCUGCUUAGUGAAGAAAGGAUUCCACGUCAUCUUGACCGGUGACAUGAAUAUCUCCCACAAAAGAAUCGAUAACUGUGAUCCCGGUGAAGAUUUUGAGGAAUCCCCGGCGCGUAUCUGGCUGACGAAGAUGUUAGAUCAGCAGAAUGAUGUUUAUUUUGUGGAUGUAUUCCGACACAUGCAUCCAGACGCCAAGGAGCAGUACACUUGCUGGAACUCCCAAAAAUCGGCGAGAUUGACAAAUUUCGGGACUCGAAUUGACUACAUAAUUUGCGAUUCAAAACUAUUAGAGUAUUUUGAGAGCUGCGACAUCCAUCCGGAUGUCAUGGGCUCGGACCAUUGUCCAGUAUCGGCUGUUCUGAAACUCAAUCUGAUCUCAAACGAGAAACUCAUCAGGAAAUGCACGAGGAACUGGCCGGAGUUCUCCGGCAAACAGACCUCGCUUAGCAGUUUCUUGGUGAAAAAAACUUCCUCCGCGGAAAGCGCUAGAGAGCCCACAGCGAAAAAAAGAAGCUCUGGUGCAGCCGGUGGUCAAGCUACGCUGAGCUCAUUCUUCGCCAAAAAACCGAAAAUCGCUGCCAGUGAUGAGCCGGAAUCCACACCUGUGCCCGAGAGGAUCGAAAAAUCGGCAAAAUGUAAAGAACUAAAUUCCAACUGGAAAAAUAUCCUGAGAGGCCCCCCUCCGGCUCCGUUGUGCUCUGGGCAUGGAGAGCUUUCGGUUUUGAGAAUUGUGAAGAAAGACGGUAUAAACAAAGGCAAGCGCUUCUAUUGCUGUGCGCGACCUGAGGGACGAAGCGACAAUAAGGAGGCUCGGUGCUCGUUCUUUGUAUGGAUCUAAAUCCUUCGUUCGUUCCCACCGGAAGGUGAUGGAGCCGGCGCCGACGUUCUUCUUACAUAUGUACAUGCUACAGAAGUCGAUUUUCCCCGAUGCGAAAGUCUGACGUUUUUCCGAUCAACUGUACGGUGGAUGUCUUCGGACUUCCGAUGUUCCGACUAAAGGGAUUGUCGGAUUCUCUUGGAGAUGAAUAUUACGCACGAAACCAGUAUUCGAUGAGAACCGGAAAUUAUAAAUGACAUCGCUGGAGGAAACC